AUGGAGUUCACGACGACGGACGCAUACGGGCGACACGGCGCCGGCUCUGGAUUUGUCGCCGUCAACGUGGGCUCCCUCGUGAUUGGCGGGAAACUCGUGGCAGUGACUGCAGAGACCAAAUGGCCGGACGAGGCGCUGCCAGAAACUGCAGGCGUGAUCUCGCGCGCUGUACACACGAAGACGACACCGGAUGUAGACACGAGCUACAACGCGCCGACGGAACUAGUCUUCAAAUGGGCAGCGCCUUCUCUCCUGCCAGAUGCUCCCGGGACAAUCGAUGCCACGCUAACUCUCGACGUCGGCCAGCCUAACGCGUACAAGGGACUGAUUGAGAAGGUAGAUGUACUCGCAGAGAUUCCAUAUGUCAUCAAGACUAUGGUCAAUUACGUCGCUGGUACGAAGCCGUACAUAUACCAGUGGUUCAACCCAGUGACACUCCACGUUAACCUCCCCAGCGGGCUUAUUCCGGACAAGUCUGGAGAGGUUGAGAUUGCGGGCACUCUGUAUAACGAGGCUACCUUCAUCUCUUAA